GAACUGGGAGGUAGGAGGCAGGCAGGCAGGACAUGUCAGCAUGCAGUGCAUGGAGAGGAGCGUGUGUUUCCUCAGCUGGGGUUUUAUCAUCGGAGGUGUUCUGUUUCUCCUCCAUCAGCUGAAGGCGCACACACAGUACGGCCGCUACGUGGACACCAGCGCUCCCGGUGUGAUGGUGCCGGCCAAGGCGGCGUGGUUCAUCCAGGAACUGCCUUCUGUCUUAGUUCCCAUGUUCCUGCUCCUCAGCACAGACACUUCACACGGCCUGGGGCGCAGUCUCCUCGUCUGCACCUUCUGCCUGCACUACUUCCAGAGGACGUUCUGCUACUCGUUGCUGAAUAGAGGACGGCCGUCUCCUCUGUUCAUCGUGGUGUCGGCCGUGGUGUUCUGCUCGUUGAACGGUUUCCUGCAAGGGCACUACAUGCUUCACUGCGCUCAGUUUGACGAUGCUUGGCACAUGGACGUUCGCUUCAUACUGGGUCUGGUGGUGUUCUUCUCAGGAAUGGCCAUCAACAUCCACAGCGAUCACAUCCUGAGGAAUCUCAGAAAGCCGGGCGAGAUCACCUACAAAAUCCCUGAGGGAGGAAUGUUCGAGUGGGUGUCUGGUGCUAACUUUUUCGGAGAGAUAGUAGAGUGGUGUGGUUAUGCCGCUGCCACGUGGUCUCUGCCCACGUUCUCCUUCGCUUUCUUCACCAUGUGCUCCAUCGGACCCCGAGCUUAUCACCACCACAGGUACUACCACGAGAAAUUCGACAAUUACCCAAAGUCGAGGAAGGCCGUGAUCCCGUUUCUCCUCUAACCGCAGCAGCAGGAGACUGUGAGGUGAGAAACCAGACGACACCACAGUCUCCGUGAUGAGGAGCAGAAACAUGAAACAUCAGGACAGAA